GCCGUUCGGCAAUGCCAACAUAAUAACCAAUGGAGAGGAACCAUAGCUUCAUUUUGCUUCUUCGUCCAAUGCUACAUUCACUAAUCACCCACACGCGGUUAGACCAAUCCAAGACCACAUGCGCCAAGUACUUCAAUGCACGAUCGUAAUUUUCUUUUUCUGUUUGGGUCAUCCCUACCCUGCAACGGCAAGAAUUGCUUUUUCGACUAGUGUCUCCUUUAUUAUUGCCUUCGGAACCGGAUGCCGCUUUACCAUUAUCACCAGCGUCGUCCAGAUUAGUUUGACUAUCCUUCUUUUGUGUGUCACCAGUCUUUUCAUGAUCCGAUUUGACUAGCACUCUAUUACCAACAACGAGGUCUUGGACUUUAUUUGCGAUUGUCUCUUUAUUUUCAUCCUCUUCGUUACUCCAAGAUGCUAAACUUGAUCGACGUAUAGUGUCUUUGAUGAAUUGCUUAAACCCUCUGUGUUUGUGUGAACCUCGAUUACCUUCAUCUUGCCUUUUUUGUUGUUCCUGAACAUGUACGUUCUCUUGACUAACUUGAUCAUCUUUGACAUCCUCUUCAUCAUCACUUUCUUUAUUCAUACACUGCAACGUGAUAUGACGACGUACCUUCUUUGCAUACUUGGUGAGAGUGAUGAUAUAUUCACGAGUGUUUGGAGUCUCCAUGAGAUAACCAAUGUGCAAAUCAGGAACAGCAAUGAUCAUCUC